AUGCCUGGUGAACCGAAUAAAACACUUCUGUGGCUGAACGUUACAUUCGAUCCGGUUAUGGGAGAGAAAGAGCUACCAACGCUCUAUUAUAAAGUCUAUUACGGAGAAGGAGAGCCAUACGACAAUGUU